UCAAAAAUAUCUUCUGAACAGGUUGUGUCUUCUAAUUUAUUGUCACCACCACAAAGAACUUAUUCUGUGACAAAAGAAUCUCAAACUCUAUUACAAACUAGUUUUCUAACAGUCCCUGUGAUGGAUGCAACCGACAUGAAGCAGACAUCUACAAAUGUGUUGCCUAGUGCCUCUAGUUUGGCUUUUAUAAGUAGACAGGAACCGACAUUACGUGUAGAAGAGAGUGUAUUUUCAGACUCUUUAUCUGUGAUACAAAAUCCGUUGUACUCUUCCUAUGCAACACAGCCUGUUAUUAAUGAUUCUCAAUCAUCACAUGUUUCUGAGGCAACUGAAUCAGACACUUUGGUGAUGCCUUCUUCGGAACAUGUGAUACUGGUUGUCAGUGAGGACCGUUUUACAUCCACUUCUUUGAAAUCAAAGCCUGCAAGUGAUCAAAUAGAUGCCUUGUUGAGUAGCAGUAAUUUAGAAUAUAGCAUAUCAAAACAACUUUCAUCCCUUGUGCCUACUUCUGUGAUCUCCACUGUGCCUUUCAUCUCACAUGUUUAUUCUGAGACCAGCUCAAUUUCUACAUUGUCUUCUAUGUCACUUACUAACACAAGGAGUUUACAUUCCAAGAAUAUCGAUUUACAAAAGUCUUUUCUGUUAUCAAUGUCUAGUGUAGAUAUGGAAUCUAGCUUUACUGUGGUCUAUUCAGGUUAUGUAGAAAAUACCCAGAGUUCGAUAUCACCAAUUACUGAAAGGACGAGUGCAAUAGAUCUGAGUCGGUCAACUAUGCAGCCAACAUUUUUUAACAGCUCGUCAGUUCUUAGUGAUAUUGAACCAUCUGUCACAAGUUCUAGUGAUGUGCUACCUUUUGUAACUAUGUCUGAUAACUCAAAUGCCUUUCACAUUAGUACUAGCAUAGACAGUGUUACAUAUUCAUCAACUGUGCAAUCAAUUCCAGUAUCAACAGGAACAUUGUUAAUGGAAACUAUGCUAACUAAAUCUUUGGAGUCAUUUAAUACUGAUGUGAGUCAACAAAGCUCUUCAAGUGACAUGGAUUUCACAGGUUCAUUGAAGGAGUCUCUUGCCAGUAUUCAGUCAGCUGGAGGAACUGGAGUGCAGAGCUCCCAGGAAGUGUCACAACCACUAAGAUCAGUUAGUGGACAUGUUUCUCUUUCACCUAUAAUUACAGCAACAACAUUAUUUGAAACUUUAUCAUCACCAUCCACUGCAGAAAUUGAUUCAAGAAGUUAUGUAACGGAAACAGCAACCCCAGUGGUACCAGAUGUGUUUAGCUCUGUAACAGAAACACCUACCUUGUCAUCAUUUAUGGAUACAGCUGCAUCAGAAAUAUAUACAACCAUUACAGGAAGUGCAAAGACAUCAAUCCAACUAACUUUAAAUAUCACGGUAACUGCAGUAACAUCUUCAAGCCUGAUAGUAAAGUCUGAAAUUGAAACAUCUUUUGCAGAAAUAGCGAUACUUUCUACAACACCUUCAGAUAGAUAUUCUUCUUUAAUAGCAUCAACACCCUUGGAUAGCUACUCUGAAUCCAUAAUAAGUCAUGAAACAAUAUCAGAUGUGAGAUCAUCUAUAUUGCCAUCAUUGCUGGAACCUACAGCAACUUACAAGACCAUGUUAACAGCAGUGACAGAGCUAUAUGACACAGUUUCAUCUGUGACUAGUGUCCUUGACUCAUCUUCAUCUAUUGAGUCAGACAGAUCACAAACACUGGAGUCUGAAAUUUUAUUAACAUCCUACACUCAAAUGAUGCAACCUUCAAUGUCUGCAUUACCAACAGCAGUGUCUAGUUCUUGGACAGCAUCAGUCUCAGUAACAGAAACACCACUUUUUGGAAUUACAAGUGAUAUUGUAAGCUCAUCAGGAGGUGUUUUGCCAACUGAAAUCCAUUCUGUCAAAACUUCAUCAGUGGUAGUGCCUGAUAGUGGGUUUGCAACAGAAACUGUUACAUUUGAAAGCUUGUCUGCAUCACUGUUACCACGAAAAACAUUAAUAACAAUUUCAGAUUUUAGAACAAGUGUAAUAGAUUCUAGUCAGUCAACCAUGCAGCCAAUACAGUACAGCUCUUCAGUGGUUAGUAAUAUAGAACCAUCAUUCACCAGUGUCGGCGAUGUGUCUCCAGCUAUAACUACAGCUGAGACAUCCAGUGCCUUUCAGAUUAGUGCUAGUGUAGACAGUGGUGUGUAUUCUUCAUCUAUACAAUCGGCUAUAUCAUCAACAGGAAUUUUAUUAACACAAAGUAUGGUAACACAAUCUUUGGAAUCAGAAUUGGAGUCAUUGACGGUCCCAUUACCUUUAAUUGGAAGAUCAUCAUCAUUUUUUAUUUCUGAAACUUCAGGUACUAGCUAUUCUAUAGACAUGACACCUUUUGUGACCUUUCCUACUGGUUCCAAAAUGUACACGUCAUUGGAGGGGACAUCCUCACUUGCAGGUUUAUUAUUUUCAACUGAAGUAGUAGAAUCAGUAAUUGAUGGCACCACAGAAACAGCAGCUUUAUCACCUCCAGUGAUCUCAGUAGCUUCAGACAUGUUUAGUUCUGUGACAGAAACAUCUACCUUAUUGUUUACUGAUUUGACAGCUUCAGAAAUGUAUUCAUCUUUUACAAGAUCUGCCAGUGAAUCAUCCAUGAUGGUACCAGAGCCACCAGAACUACACACAACUGCAGCAGUGACAUCAUCAGACUUGAUAGUAGCUUCUGAAAUAAAAACAUGGAGGUUGUCUACCACUUUAGUUGAAACAGUUUCAGAAAGUUAUUUUACUUCAACAGGAUCUAUGUCUUUGAUGGUGGGAGCUACAAACAUCUCCAGCUUGUCUGAGUUUAUGAUCACAACUACUUAUGAAUCUGUAUCAGAUACAGUAUCUAUAUUUCCAUCCAUCUUGGAACCGACACCUAGUUACAGGACAAUAUCAUCACCAAUAAUACAGGUGUCCAAGUCAGUUUCAUCACUUUACUUUGUACUGACGACAGAAAGGUCACAAGCAUUGGAAUCGCACAUCCUAUCUACAGUAGCUGUGCCAACACAAGUCACCUCAACAAUUGAAGAGUCACAGUCUUUGUUAGCUACCAUUGUAGAAUCCUCUGAAUUUCCAAGAACCACAACUUUUGCAGAUGUUUCUGACAUAUCUACUGCAUCUUUGACAUCACUCCUGUUAACAGUGGCUUCAGAGAUUGAUACAUCUUUCACAGGAACAUCUUAUAUUUCAUUAUAUGAAUCUCCUGCAGUAACACCAGUGAUAAGUGGCUCUAAUAUUCUGUCUUCGUUUUUAGUAACUGAGUCACCAGUGUAUGGAAUUACAAGUGAAUUACCAAGCGCUUUAUCAGAAUAUCUGUCCACUACUGACAUGGUUGGAAGUUCAUCAGUAACAGUGUCUGGUGUUAGUUUAAUAACACAAUCUAUUGUAUUAUCUGAUAGUUUUACAACACAGUCUGUUGUGUUGUCUGCUAUUGCAACAAAGUCUGUUAUGAUGUCUGAUGUUAGUCUUACAACAGAAUCCGUUCCAGUGAAUAGUUUUCUAGAAAGCACAUUAACAACAAUCUCAAAGUCUUCACUUUUAACAGCUUCUUAUAGUCUUGCAGAGUUUUCACCUACUACUGCUAGUAGUGUUUGGCAAUCACCCGAUCUGUCUGCAUAUUCGGCCUUGACUUCAAGUGCUGUGGGAUUAACACUUUCAGAUUUCACACAAUUAUCAAGUACAGAAAUAGACAUAGCUAGUUCUUUUGUUCCUGACUUCUAUGUCACCAGCUUACUAACUUAUAACUCAUCAUCUGUUUUUCCAGAAGUAGGUAGUAUAACAAGUACAGUUAGUGAUGUCAUAUCAGUGACAGGUACAUUUGUAAUGUCUAGUCGUUCACUGGAGUCAUCUCCGUUUACUGGAAGUGUAACCAUGUUGCCUAGCCAGUCAAGUGACUCCCUUGUUUUAUUUGAUAGUGUAACGGUGUCACCUAGCCAGAGCAUGGAUUCCUCUUCUUACACUGGAAGUAUAACUCCUAUAUUACCUACACAGUCCAUGGAAUCAUCUUAUACAAGUCUAAGCUCGGUAUUAUCAAUGGACUUGUCCCCCUCUAGUCAAAGUGUCACACCAGUAGUAUCCAGUACAAUGUCAGAAUCAUCAUUUAGUCAAAGUUUAUUAAGUGAAUUGAUGAACUCAUCUCUGUUUAUACAGACUACUCUAAUAGCUAGAAGCACAGUAGAGUCAUCUCCCUUUGUUCAGAGUGUGUCUCUAGAUUUAUCUAGCCAGUCAUUCGAAAUGUCUGUCAUUACUCAAAGUAUAAUUCCAGUUUUAUCUAGCCAGUCAUUCGAAUCAUCCCUUAUUGUUCCAAAUGGAAGUUUAACUUUGUCUAGUGACUCGGUGGGAAUGUCUGAAUUUAGUCAUAGCAUUAUUACAACUCUGUCAAUAGAAUUGUCUCCUCUUUUUCCAAGUGAAAGUCUAGCAUUGUCUAGUGAGACAUUGGAAGUGUUUAGUCAAAGCAUAACUUCAACUGUACCUGCACAAUCAAUGGAUUUGUCUCCCCUUGUUCCAAGUGGAAGUUUAGCACUGUCAAGUGAAUCAUUGGAGUUGUCUGUAUUUAGCCAAAGUAUAACUCCAACUGUAUCUAGUCAAUCAAUGGACUUGUCUCCCCAUGUUCCAAGUGGAAGUUUAAUAUUUCCUAGUGAGACAAUGGAAUUGUCCGUAUUUAGUCAAAGUGUGACACCAACUGUAUCUACACAGUCAAUGGAAUUGUCUCCCCUUGUUCCAACUGAAAGUUUAGCAUUGUCAGUAUAUAGUGAAUCAUUGGGGCUGUCUGUAUUUAGUCAAAGCAUAACCUCAGUUAUAUCAACUCAAUCAAUGGAGUUGUCUCCCCUUAUUCCAUCGGAAAGUUUAGAAUUGUCAAUGUCCAGUGAAUCACUGAAGUUGUCUGUAUUUAGUCAAAAUGUAACACCAACUGUAUCUACUCAAACAAUAGAAUUGUCUCCCCUUGUUCCAAGUGAAAGUUUAACAUUGCCUAGUGAGACACCAGAAUUGUCUGUAUUUAGUCAAAGCAUAACUUCAAUUAUAUCUACUGAAUCAAUGGUAUUAUCUCCCCUUGUUUCAAGUGGAAGUUUAGCAUUGUCAAUGUCUAGUGAAUCAUUGGAGUUGUCUAUAUUUAGUCCAAGUGUGACACCAACUAUAUCUACACAGUCAAUGGAAUUGUCUCCCCUUGUUCCAACUGAAAGUUUAGCAUUGUCAGUAUAUAGUGAAUCAUUGGGGCUGUCUGUAUUUAGUCAAAGUAUAACCUCAGUUAUAUCAACUCAAUCAAUGGAGUUGUCUCCCCUUGUUCCAUCGGAAAGUUUAGAAUUGUCAAUGUCCAGUGAAUCACUGAAGUUGUCUGUAUUUAGUCAAAAUGUAACACCAACUGUAUCUACUCAAACAAUAGAAUUGUCUCCCCUUGUUCCAAGUGAAACUUUAACAUUGCCUAGUGAGACACCAGAAUUGUCUGUAUUUAGUCAAAGCAUAACUUCAAUUAUAUCUACUGAAUCAAUGGUAUUAUCUCCCCUUGUUUCAAGUGGAAGUUUAGCAUUGUCAAUGUCUAGUGAAUCAUUGGAGUUGUCUAUAUUUAGUCCAAGUGUGACACCAACUAUAUCUACACAGUCAAUGGAAUUGUCUCCCCUUGUUCCAACUGAAAGUUUAGCAUUGUCAGUAUAUAGUGAAUCAUUGGGGCUGUCUGUAUUUAGUCAAAGCAUAACCUCAGUUAUAUCAACUCAAUCAAUGGAGUUGUCUCCCCUUGUUCCAUCGGAAAGUUUAGAAUUGUCAAUGUCCAGUGAAUCACUGAAGUUGUCUGUAUUUAGUCAAAAUGUAACACCAACUGUAUCUACUCAAACAAUAGAAUUGUCUCCCCUUGUUCCAAGUGAAACUUUAACAUUGCCUAGUGAGACACCAGAAUUGUCUGUAUUUAGUCAAAGCAUAACUUCAAUUAUAUCUACUGAAUCAAUGGUAUUAUCUCCCCUUGUUUCAAGUGGAAGUUUAGCAUUGUCAAUGUCUAGUGAAUCAUUGGAGUUGUCUAUAUUUACUCCAAGUGUGACACCAACUGUAUCUGCACAGUCAAUGGAAUUGUCUCCCCUUGUUCCAAGUGAAAGUUUAGCAUUGUCAAUCUCUAGUGAGACAUUAGAAUUGUCAGUAUUUAGUCAAAACAUAACUCCAACUGUAUCUACACAAACAGUGGAGUUGUCUUCCUUUGUUCGAAGUGAAAGUAUAGAAUUGCCAAUGUCAAGUGAAUCAUUGGAAUUGUCUGUAUUUAGUCAAAGUAUAACUCCAACUGUAUCUACUCAGUCAAUGGAAUUGUCUCUCCUUGUUCCAACAACAACAUCCUUGUUAUCAGAUCUGUGGUUGGGAUCAUCCACAGUCUUGCCAAGUCCGUUGUCAGUAUUUAGUCAAAACAUAACUCCAACUGUAUCUACACAAACAGUGGAGUUGUCUUCCUUUGUUCGAAGUGAAAGUAUAGAAUUGCCAAUGUCAAGUGAAUCAUUGGAAUUGUCUGUAUUUAGUCAAAGUAUAACUCCAACUGUAUCUACUCAGUCAAUGGAAUUGUCUCUCCUUGUUCCAACAACAACAUCCUUGUUAUCAGAUCUGUGGUUGGGAUCAUCCACAGUCUUGCCAAGUCCGUUGUCAGUAUUUAGUCAAAACAUAACUCCAACUGUAUCUACACAAACAGUGGAGUUGUCUUCCUUUGUUCGAAGUGAAAGUAUAGAAUUGCCAAUGUCAAGUGAAUCAUUGGAAUUGUCUGUAUUUAGUCAAAGUAUAACUCCAACUGUAUCUACUCAGUCAAUGGAAUUGUCUCUCCUUGUUCCAACAACAACAUCCUUGUUAUCAGAUCUGUGGUUGGGAUCAUCCACAGUCUUGCCAAGUUCGUCUUGGGAAUCUUCCUCAUUUGUUCAAAGUACCACUGAAAUGGCUUCAAGCCAAUCGCUAGAGUUACCUCCCCUUGUGUCCAGUGUGACUCCAGUACUCACUACAGUGACAUUACUAGUUACAGAAGCUUCUCAGUCUCCAUCAUUGUCACCAUCUGUCAUAUUGUCGAGCUCCACAAUUGUAGGUACAACACCAUCUGCUGUGGUUGAUGUGAAUGUCACUUCAACACCAACCACCGUUCCUGAGUCGACUACUCCAACACUGAACACAAGUACAGCUCUCACAGAAUUCUGGGUUAUCACAGUUAUUAAAGUGAGACAGCAUGUUAACACCUCACUGGAAACAUUUCGUCAAGAACUGGAAUACAAGCUAUCACUGGUGUAUGAGGAGGCUUUCCGCCGACAGGAACAAAUAAACAAUGGCACGUACAACCCGCUGCGAAGACGAAAGCGCUAUGCUGUGUCGCCAUCAGGUGAUAUUAAAUUACAGGUUCUGAAUGUGAGCCGAGAAGCUGACAGUAACAACGUGCACCUGACGUACCUGAUGGAGAAGAGUGGGAGUCUAGUUCCGGCAGCCACUGCUGUGGAGAGAAUGAAGCUCAUCGACGACCAGGAGGCAGCUCUAGGACUUGGCUAUGUGGUUCUCACCAAGGCUGAACCGUAUGUGAAGCCUGCUGAUACAGGCCCAGUGGACCAGAAGCUGUGGAUCAUCGGGGCCGUCCUGGGAAGUAUUGCCUUUCUCCUCCUCAUCUGGCUCCUUGUCUGCAUCCUGUGUCGGUGUUGCUGUCAGAAAGGUCGGGGCAAGUCUGUCGAACCUCAUCUGGUGAAAAUAGUCCGCGAUGGAGAAGAGGAACAUUAUGGGGAGCCGACGUCACAUCCAGAGUGUGCCGAAGAGUCGAACAAAGAGUCGGGAUUUAUGAGAACAAGUCCCAAGAAAAUGGCAUACGAGGUCAACCCUGAACAUGGCCAACAGUCCAUGGCUGACCACGAUGAGGAUAAGAAAACACCUGAUGUUGUCAUGGAGACACCGAACAAUAAACGGAAUACUGGUCCUCCGAAUGAGUCUGGAUCAGAGACAGGCCAGCUGAUGUAUGUGUCUGAGGAUGCCCAGAAUUCAGACGGCAUAACUCCUGUGAAAAAACUCAGAAGAAAGAAACCAAGAAGAGCUAAUGGUGUCCAGUUACCUGUCCAAGAGCAACAACUGAUUUCACAUGAGGAGAUGGCCUUGACCUCUAAACCUCAUCCUGCUCCUAGACAUAACCCACCUCUGUCUCAAGCAGAUCUCUCUACAACUUACGAGGAGGAGGAGGAGCUACUCGAGAAGGCUGAGAUGGAGAGAAUCCAAAAUAAGCAGCGACUGCGAGAACAGAAGAAGAGAGAUCGCCACAAAUCCAGCCCCACUAAAGAGAAGUUCACUGCGAGUCAAGAUUCCCAGAGAGAGAUCGAUGAUGUUCUUGGUGCCCCAGAUCAUACAGGGAAUACUCCUGUACCAGAAGUGUUUGUUCAUAAAAAGAGAAAUACUAGAAGAAGGAAUAAGGCUACAGAAGGACAAUCAAACAACGGGUUUGAAGAAGACACGGGUGAAUCACCUCAGUCUACUGAGUCUCUGGAAGAGGCCCGUCAGAAGAUGCACCGUCUCCUUGACGACGCGUUCUCUCUCCUCUCCUCCAGCCGCUCCAGCAUCAGAAACAAGGUAACUCCAGCAUCCAGUCCAAGGGAGACACCUCACAAGAAGAAGGGGAAACGAUCCAAAGAUGUUGAGAUGGAGGAAGGACUACAAACAACUAGCCCAGUUCCUGCUGCUGAACCACACAUUGAAGAAAAGAGGCAUACUCCGAUAUUUCUGAACCCCACCUAUUCUACCAGUCAUUCAUCUCAACCAAUCUUGGAAGCAUGGAGUCCAUACAGGGCUUCUGAUGAAGUGGCACUAAUAUCAUUACCAUCAAAACAGACUGAUUUAAAGACAACUCCUACACAGGAGCCCAUAGCCACUACCACAUUCAACGAGUCAUAUCCCACAAGUCUCCGUGACAACUACUACACUACCGAACCUGCUAAGCCUAUUUUUAUCAGGACAGCGGACCUGGAGUCCGGCCCAGAUGUCAAAUCACCACCACAUUCCAAGCACACGCAGUACAGUGGCCUAGGAUCUUCUGGCAAAUCAUCCAUUCUGAAAUCACCAGGACUACCUAAUGGUGAUGUGACAGUCUAUCCUGGGAUGCAGCAGUUUGAAGACAUUCCACUGAACUCGCUAUCUGCACGGAGUACACACAGAGAUGAUGAUGGCCAUGAAAAGCUGGCAUCAUCUAAUGGUGGUGUUGUGGAACCUCACCGGCCACCGGCCAAGGACUGGGGCAGGGAUGAUGAAAUUGAUGUCGUUACGCAGAGCCUGAAGCCAGGGGUUGCCCCAACUCCUCUCAUUCGGUCUCUUCGCGAAGAGCUGGAACAUCUGUCAGGAAAACUUCAUGUGUAUGAUUCCAAUGUGAAUGUAUGACAAAGCUCAACUUGACAACCAUGAAAUUUUUUGAAAAUAUCACAUAUAUGUGACCAUGUCUGCAAGAAAAGAUACGAAUGAGUGAAAAUUAUUGAAUAUGUUUGGACAAUUAUUGAGAGUAUAAUGUCCAUAUAUUUCUCUUUCACAGAUGUGGUCAUAUCAGUGUGAAAAUCUCAGGGCAAUGCCAAGCCUAGCAGGGCAGUCAAAAAUGAACCAGGGCACAGUAAUAUUGGGUCUAAUAAGGUAAACUAAAAAACCAAAUUCCAGUUAAAACCUAGAGUCUGACUACAGUGAAGAUGGCAUAACAUUCACUGUCUGUCUUUUUGUCUUGAAGAUGUGUAAGUGUUCAUGGAGUGGGGUUUGUGGAGUUACAGCUCAUCAUCUAACAUCCUAGAUUAUGAAUCUAUAUAUUUAGUGUUUACAAAAUAAAUUGGAAAGGUUGCGUUGCGUAAGUUUUUAACAUGCUCAUAUACCACAGAGGUUUCGAGCAUGUCUGCCCCGGAGUUUGAUCUCCGAAAAGCCAGGGACCCAACCCGGGGAAGAUAUUGGAAAGGUAACUGCUUCAAACGACAAUGCUGCAUCUAACAACCAUGAUGAAGAGGAAAUACCAAGUGCUGAAUUGGAUGCAUCUGGGUUUUUGUCCUUGUUAAUAUUUAAUUAUAUUAUUGUAUGUACGGCCAUAAGCCCAUAAAUAAUAUAUUGAUAUUUGGGACCAGUUGUUCAAACGAUUAGUCAGCUGUUUUGGAAACACAAAAUAGAAGCAUUUAUUAUGAUACAUAUGGUUAAAAAUAUAGAUUAUCACACUACAACCUUCCAUAAUAAAGGUAAAACAAACGGUCAGUGUAAAUAGGGGUAAAUAGUUGUAAACAUUCUUAAAGGUAUACAGCAUUGUAGGGUAUUUUGGGUUAAAACAUGGUUUAUUAUAAAGGUAUACACCCUCUUACAGCAUUGUAAGGUAUUUCUGGCUAAAACAUGGUUUAUUACUGUAAAUAUUAAUUUCUUAACAUCUGAACUUUAUUUUUGAAUGCAUAAUCGCAUACAGAUUCAUCGACCAUUCCCCAGGUCAAAAUUUUUAAACAUACAGAAACAAGUAAAUAAUUGUGGUCAUGAUCAUUAAUUACAAAAAGACUAUUAUCUAAAUCUUUUACAGGCCAAAUGGACACAUCAGCAUCAGGGGCUGCAUUUACAAAGCCUGUUUAUGUCUUACAUGUGUGUAGUUUUACAAUGCUUAAACACCUGCGUUUAAACAAAAAAACUGACUUAGUAAAUUUGGCCUCAGAUGUUUGUUUUAAGUUCCUUUAACAUUAGGACAAUGAAGAACUCUAAAGAAGUACAGAAAUGAAUAUUCUAAGUAAUAAACUAAAUUUCAACCAGAGGUUUUGUAGUGUAUAGUUAGAGAAAUACUAGAAGCAAGCACCAAAUAUUCUACAAAGUGCCCAGACUGUGGCAUUAGUACAACUGCAGUGUUUGACAAAUGUUUCAGAAAGUCACUAGCCCUCGCAGAAGCCUUGGCUCGUGUCCUAUGUAUUAUAGUAAUUUGGUUGAGAAUUUUUACUAGCCCAGACCAACAAUUCACUAGCCGGGACCAAGGGCUAGUGGAUUUGUUGAACCCUGCAAGUGAUAGAGAAUAACAGGUGUCUGUCAUGAACAGGCAUCAAAGACAAACAACUAUUGUUGCUGGAAAGACCAGGACUGUACAGAGAUGUGGAUGUUAGAUGAAGUUGUUAGAAUAAUGCCAUCACUGCAGGAGGAAAAUAUGAACCUCAGAUGACCAACAUUGUUUGGAGACGAAAGUACUGAAUUGGAUCUAGUAGAUCCGUAAUUUGCUCACUAUUCUUUAUAAAAUGUAAUAUAAUUUUAUUAUUUUAAGAAUACAAUGACCAAAAAGAGGUGUCAAAAUUAUUAUAUUCGAUGUAUUUUUAGUCUGUGCCCAAUGACAGAAUGAUAGUUUUAGCCUUGUGGUGUAUUUUUAUGAAUAGGCCUACCUUGAUCAUCACCAUCAUCAUCAUCAUCAUCAUUUCCUUAGUUUUAAAUAUUUACAUACUUAUAUAUUUACAUACUUAUAUAUACAUGUAUAUAUAUAUAUGCAGACAAGCAUCUCAUUUACUAGAAGUAACAAUAUCUCUUACUAAGAAUAGCCCAUGAAUUGGCGAAAGCGGGUUUCCUCUCAAAAUCUGUGUGGUCCUUAACCAUAUGUCUGACGCCAUAUAACCGUCAAUAAAAUGUGUUGAGUGCGUUGUUAAAUAAAACAUUUCUUUCUUUCUCUUACUUUCUAGCUCUUUAUAUAAUCUUCAAAAAAAAGUAGAGGAACUCUAAUAAGAAUUUACAAUUGCCAGAAUUGUAAGGUAUAUUAGCUGUGGGGAAUGGUUAUAUGAUAAUAGUGAAUUAAUUGGGCAAACAUUACAACCAAUA